GUUAAAAAUAGAUAUGGAAAUUCCCCAUGCAUUCCUGUCGGGAAUUUAUUCUAUUUUUUUUCUGAGCUCAUUUUUAAUUUACAAAGGGUGGCGAAUAAUUAAUCGACGUAUUCAGCAUAUGAGAGGACAGAGGAAAACAAAGAAUGCUUAAGGUGCUUAUUUUUGUGGUUACGCUAGGAACAUCCAGGAGCGGAACGAUAAAUCAAAUUAUGCCGGAAACCGUAUCAGUGCUAGGCGGCAGUAGCAGAAUCCAGCACCUCAGUCCUAAAGUCGACAUGAAAGAAAUAACAAAUCAUGAAAACCGUACAGAAGAAAAGCAGAUGACGCGUCACACGUCAAGGAAGACUGCCCAAGCCUUAGAGAGACGAUACCUGAAGCGCUGCAGAAAUUCGAAUACUGAAGAAUGCGACCACUUACUCACUGACCUAGUACAGGCGCAUGCUGGCACAAUGAAGUCCUUUCGGAACAAAGUCAUCCGUAUAGAUUUCCGCUAUUGUCUUGAUGGCUUCAAAGUUGUGCAUUUUGAUACGAAAACUCAGAUAUGUUGCGAUGGGUUAUUUAACAAAACAUCCGGGCAUGAGGAGUGUUGUAAAGGGGAGAUAAUCGAUAAUACACAACAAUUCUGCUGUAAUGAACAAGUACAAAAUAGAACGGAAUUCUCUAAAUGUUGCGGCACCUUUACCUACGAUGAAAGGACACAUACCUGUUGUAACGGACACCUGCAUUCAAAGUUGGACGGCUCGUCAUGCUGCGGAAGUAAUGUAUAUAACGCAGAGACGGAAAUCUGCUGUUAUGACAGGUACAAAUUCAAUCGGAGUGAGGGAGAUGCUUGUUGCGGAAAGAGCGUCUACAACACAUUGACACACACCUGUUGUGAGAAUAAUAUUCAAACCGCAUACGGAAAGAAAAACCGCAAAGGUGAAUGUUGCAAAGAUACGAGCUUUCAUAUGGACUGUUACAAGUGUGUGAAUGAUACUGUUCUCCCUGUUUUCAACGAAUCCUUAGGAAUAUGUUGCGAUGGACGGGUCAGAUCUAAGAAAUAUGGAAAUAACACCGGCUGUUGUGGACGGCGAGUUAUGGAUAACGAAAAACACGACUGCCUGAACAAAGAGAUAACAAAUAAAUCUAUUACGACACAAACAGCUCUGCUUAAUGUUUCUGAAGAGACAAAAGCGGAUGGUAAUGACGACAAUAAUGAUGAUUUAUCAACCAUGGUUGAAAGUGAUAUUGACAAUAAUCAAAAAUCUAACAGCCAAAUCGUCGUAACUAUAAUCCCUCCAGCGUCAGUUGGUGUGAGCAUCGUAGCUGUCCUAGGAUUUAUUUGUAUGUGUUACAAGAAAAAACGUUGUUCUGGCAAACCGAAGUUAAAUAAUAGAGCAGAGUAUGCACCGGUACAACGAGACAAUAACCAACCUGAAGCAUCAGUACUUGAUACUGAUCGGAAUAUGCCAUAUACUCGGAGCAUCAGAAUAAAUAAUGACAUGACAAACAUAUUUAUCCCUGAAAAUAGUAGACCCGCAGUUGACACGAUUAACAGAUUUUCCGCUGAAAAUAGUAGUCCCACAGUUCAAAUAUCAGUUGAUGAUGAUCUUCCAAAUGAAACACGAACACUUCUUGAAAAAGAUAUCAUUUCGAACAUUGCUAAGUCUAAUAAAAUCCCCAACGAAAAUGUGCUGAGUAAUCAUUUUAAGGACACGUUCACGCAGACAUCUCCAGAAAAAGAGUCCAAUCGCAGAACGAUUUUUGGAAAACCAUUUGAGCAUAAUUUUCUUCUCGGAAUGUCAAAUGCGACGGCUCAAAUGCCCAACUCUGAUGUUAAAAUGACUUUACCUCAAAGUAUACUGAGACAUAACCAAGUGGAAGUGAACUGCACAAGUUUUGAUACACUAUCGCCGUUACGGAGGAAGCUGGGACUAAACGAUGAUGAGAGAAUUGCCUCCCCUGUAGCAGAAUACGCACUGACGGGGUAUGGACUUCUUCCAGAUUACGCCGUUGUCAUAAUUCCAUUCAUUGGCUCACCGGCUGAUCUGAAAGUUCGGAAGUUUCAGUCGGAUGAAGGACUGAAUACGGUCGUUAAGUCGAUAGAUGUACCACGACAAGGGAAGAUGAAUGAGGAUGUCGACGUAUUUUACAUUCUUAAAGAUUCCUUUGUGUAUGUAUACACGAAAUCCUUUUCUGGGUUUUAUUGCACAACCUGCAGACACCGGCCAUUGCGACUGAGAAGUUUCUUGUUUGGUUCGUACAAGCGCUUCACAAAUCCUCUGCGACAUGAAGUGCGUGUUAUGAUCUACAUUGCAGAUGAGCUGAUGAAGUUUGCAGAUUAUAGAGAGAGAAUGUUUACAAAUGAAAGCGCUGAGGGAAGGGUGCUGAAGAAAGAAAUGCUGCUAAAGUUACCUGUAGUACUUAAAGAAGAUGACGUCAUACAAUUUUCUAUAACACCUACGGAAAGUCAUUGCACACAGUGGAUACACAAAUUGUAUCCAGGAGAUACGAACCCGAUUUAUGACGAAAACCAGACGGUCGAGCUUUACCACAUCGCAGAAAAAUGUAAAAAUUGUAAUUCUUGCCACUUACCCGAGCAUGAUAUACCACACGCCAUAGAAUGGUUUAUGACAAACGCUGAAGGUGUAAUUCCCAAUUACACUUUCCAAUGCAUUGUUGAUAUUGAUGUCCAAACCAGGGAUGGAACGACACCAAACCGUAUCGUUAUUGACGAGUUACAGCUAAGACAGGAAGACAGGUACCCGAUUGAGGAAAGCUUCAAUGCGAGAAAUGUCCAAGGACUGAAAGAGUAUCUGUCCGGAGGACUAUCUCCAGAGAAAAGGAAUGCGAUCUUAGGAUCCUUACAAUUAAAGUACAGCUGCACUGGAUCGACUGUAGAGGAAGUAUUUUUCAAACUUCAAGAAAAGCUUACUCCAAAAUAUCUCCUAGAAGCAGUGGCAUGUGUACUGAAAGAGAAACACAUGUUUGAAGAGUUAGAUUUUCUGCAACAUUCUGGGUACCUGCCACUAAAUCUGGUAUCCACUGAUGUACAGCCAGUAUGCGAUGACCGUCACCAUGUUGACAGAGAAGCAACACUUGUUAACCAGAACGCAACAACAUUGCCUGAAAGUAAUGCAAAUAGAUUUGAAUCUGAAGGGCCGGUGCGCCACGAAGAAAAUGAGAAUGUGGCGCCAAGUAGACCGAACAAAACUCUUAAAGAAAACGAAUCUCCUAAUCUCACUACAAAUACAUCUGAUAAAACGUUAAUGUCUGGUGGAGUUGUACGACCAGAAUUAAGCCGAACGCUUCGGGUGACGAGUUUUUCAAAGAGUAUGAGCGAUAUUACCCUGACAAGAGCAGCACCGUUGCCCGAGGUCAGGGGUGAACUCAGCACACGUGCACGGGAUAGUAAAUCCAAGCCGGAAUCUCAGAGCUUGCCUGUACAGGAACAUGCAUCAAUGGACGACACGGAUUUGAAGACAUGCCACAUAAAGAAGUGCACUGACUGAAACAAACGUGUGUUAUAAACAAUUUUUAUCAGUUCCACAGCAAAAAAGGCGUACCGUUUUUAUUAUUUCAUUUUAUCAUAUGAAAUCUAUUUAGCAUUAUUAGCAUAUAAUGAUAUUGACAAAGACAAUUAAACUAUGAUUCUUAUUCAUUUUAAUUCGUAUUGUAAAAAUGAAUAGAAUGAAGAACAUGGAUGAUAAAAACUUUCAGGAAAUAUAGAAGGAGUGAUUUGUACAGCUUAUGCAAAA